AUUCCUAACAGGGUUUUCCUGCAGUAGUACAGCAAAGGCGCACGCCUGCCACUGCGCCCACUGUGUAUAGGCUAGGUAGCUUAGAGAGCUAGCAACCACCACCCAUCUGCACACAAUCUGUUGUGAGAUGCAAAAAAUAACCAAACACUAUAUAUGAUGCUUUAGCCCAAAGGCGGUGGUGAACCCUACAGUGAAUAGCGCCCGAAUCCUCACGAAAGAAGGAAGAGCUGGUGGUUUUUGGGAGCACUUAUCAUCUGCUUGUGCUAGCCUGCGAGCUAACGAAUCCUGCUCACGGUUUCCUGACCCACAGCGACGAGUCGCUUUGUAGCGAUUCGAGAUCCGAGAGACACAGUCCCAACAUACAAUCAAGCCGCCAGUCGCGAAGAGAGGAGGAAAUGAAGGACAAACAAAAGAGGAAGAAGGAGCGCACUUGGGCAGAGGCGGCUCGCAUGGUAUUGGAGAACUUCUCUGAUGCCCCAAUGACACCAAAACAAAUCCUGCAUGUCAUCCAGACAAAGGGUCUAAAAGAAAUGAGGAGUGGGACGGCUCCUCUUGCAUGCCUGGUCACCAUGCUACACUCCCAGGUGAGGGGAGACCGAGUCAAGAACAGCAUCUUCUUCAAGCUGCCGGGACGCAUGAGCCUGUUCACUCUCAAGAAGAACGCCCUGCAGUGGACCAAGAGCCCCACGGAGGCAGACACCGCUACAGACGCCACCGGGGCCUCCAGCGCCUCCACCGCCCACCCCACGGCCUCCUCCACCGGCCCCGGCACCACCACCGCCGCCGGCUCCGGGCCGGGCCUGGCCCACGCCACCGCGCCCGAGGGCGCCGAGCAGGAGAGCUGCGACUCCACCGAGACCACGGCCAAUGCCAGCGGGGAGAACGAUGCCUCAGUAGACGAGAGCUCCUCCAGCGCCUCGUGCUCCGCCGAGCCCACCCCCCCAAGCCAACCACAGACCCGCCUCAGCCGGGCGGCCGGGCAGCAGAGCCGCGCAGAGUCCCAGACCCAACACGCCACCCGCCUCAGCCGCUCCAGACAGUCAGGGAGACAGAGAAAGAAGGCAGUGAUGAUGCCAAGAGUGGUCCUCACUCCGCUGAAGGUGAACGGAGAGCACGUUCCAUCAGGAGCUGCCGGGAGGCGCAGGGAAGCCUCUAGGGGUACGGGGGGGCCCACGCUACGCGCUCGCCCAGAUCUGGGCUGGAAGCGCCCGCAACACUUCAAGAACAUGCACGGCCUUCACCCAGGACCCAUGAAGAGGAACCGAGGAGGCGUGGACGUGGACUUUGAGACGCCCGGCUCAAUCCUGGUGAACACCAACAUCCGUGCGCUCAUCAACGUGCGCACCUUCUCCGCCUUCCCCGCACACUCCCAGCAGCAGCUCCUGCAGCUGCUCCCCGAGGUGGACCGCCAGGUGGGUCCAGACGGCAUGGCCCGCCUCAGCAGCUCGGCCCUCAACAAUGAGUUCUUCACCCACGCGUCACAGAGUUGGAAGGAGAGGCUGGCUGAAGGGGAGUUCACCCACGAGAUGCAGGUGCGUUUCCGACAAGAGAUGGAGAAGGAGAAGAAGGUGGAGGCCUGGAAGGAGAAGUUCUUCGAGGAGUACCACGGUCAAAAGUCCGGUCUGACACGGGAGGAGUCGCUGAAGCUGACGAUGAGCGAGGCGGCCGAGGUGGCGGGCGGCGUGCUGGACGACGAGGCGGCAACGGCGGCGGCGGCGGCCACCGGCACGCCCAAGAGACGCAGCGUGGGGCGGCGGCGGCGGGACGGCCGCAUGCGGAGGCGCACACGCGCCGACCUGCGCCGCCGGGCGCGCCGCACGCUCUGCAAGGCGGCCACGCCCACCCUGCAGUCCCCCGAGCCCUCGGAGGCGGGGGGCGCCCUGCUGGACACGUCGGCGGCGUCGCUCAACUCGCCCAUGUCGGACGGCGCUGCGGUGCAGGCCGAGGUGGUGCUGCAGGCCGACUCGGGCCUGGAGGUCGCCCCCCCAGCCGCCGAGUGCCCCCCCGCCGAGCCGGAGCCCGCCGGGGCCUCUGCCCCCGCCCCCGUCACCGACCCCGCCCCCGUCACCCCCGCCGCCGCCGCUCCCGAGCCCGAACCCGAACCGGAGGCAGAGGCAGAGCCCGAAGCCGCCGCCGCGCUCACGCCGACGCAGACCCCCACGCCCACGCCCACGCCGACCCCCACGCCGACGCCCACGCCCACGCCCACUCCGACCCCCAGCCAGAGCCCCGCCUCCACCAGCGCCAACGAGGAGCCGGAGGCGGCGGCCAGCCUGCUCCCCGAGGAGGCGGCCCCGCCCCUGGCCUCCACCUCCUCCCCUUCCUCCUCCUCUUCGUCGUCGUCCUCGGCCUCCUCCCCGGCCUCCUCCCCCUCGUCCCCCCCCUCCUCCUCCGACCGGCCCGGGGAGGUGUUCGCCGCGGGCCUGGACUCUUCCUCCUCCUCCUCCUCCUCGUCCUCCUCUUCCUCCUCCUCCAGCGCCGUCGCCGCCGUGGACCUCCUGGACGACACGGCCUCAGUGGUCACCUCGGCCACGGGGGGCACCGGCACCAGCAGCCGCGAGAGCAGCCCCUCAGCCAGCCCGGCGCCCACCCACCGCCCCCCCUCCUCCUCCUCCUCCUCCUCUGCCGCCGCCGCCGCCGCCGCCCAGCUCAAGGAGCAGAAGAGGCGGCCGGACGAGGCCCAGGCCUUCGCCAGCUUCCCAGAAAAGCGGCCGCGCAUCGACGACCGUCAGUCCUUUCGUACCACAAUUGACGGUGUCCGCACGGAGAAGCCCCCGCCGGCAGCAGAGGAGCCCAAGGUCCCGCCCAUCAGGAUACAACUGUCCAGAAUCAAACCGCCCUGGGUCAAGGGGCCCCCCACCUACCAGAUCUGCCCCCGCAUCGUGCCGGCCGGCGAGGGGUCGCGGCGGUCGGGGACGGGGGGCGCGCGCACCCUGGCGGACAUCAAGGCCCGAGCCCAGCAGGCCCGCGCCCAGCGGGAAGCUGCUGCUGUUGCAGCCACUGGCGCCGGGGCAGGGCCGGGCGGGGGGGGGCUGCGGCCUCCUGCUGGGCUACCGGAUCGCAGCAGCGGAAGACGAACAAGAGAGCACCCCGGACCCGUCGAGCCCGGAGGAGGAGGAGGAGGAGGAGGAGGAGGAGGAGGAGGAGGUGGAAGAAGGGGAGGUGGUGGUGGGCUGGAGGAGGAACCGCAACCGGCUGCGGACGCUCAUCCGCCUGGAGCACAACUACAGCCUGUAGAGCGGGCGGAGCGCGCCGCGCCGCGGCCCUCGCCCUCGCCGCGGCCCUCGCCCUCGCCGUCGGCCACCUCCACCUCCACGGCGUCCGAGUCCCCGCAGAGCCCCGCCUCCGCCUCCGCCCCCACCCCGCCCCGGCAGCGGGCGGCUGAGGAGGAGGAGGGGGGGGCGCCGGCGCCGGCGGCCCCCCCGACGGCAGCGGCGACGGCCGGGGCGGUGGUCCGCGUCAAGACGCCCCCCGACGGGAUCUCCGAGGACGGGGACACCAUGUCGGCCACGGAGCAGGACGGGGGACCGGAGCCCCCCGCCAAGGAGAGCCCCCGGUCCCGCCCGGACCGGACGGCCCCCCCCGCCGCCACCGCCGUCGUCAUGGAGACGCUGAGCCAGUGGAGUGUGAGCAAACCCCUGGCCCCCACCUCCAUCCCGGACUCCCUGCCCCGGUUCGGGGCGCAGGGCGUGGACGUCAUCCAGAGCCUCGCGGCGGCCCCCUCCCACUGGGAGCAGGGGGGAGGAGGGGGGAGUGUGAUCCAGCACGGCUCACACCACGUUGGGUCCCCCUCCUCCAGAGCCAGACGGGGGUCCCCCUCCUCCUCCCAGCGACGGGGCUUGAUGAAGAGAGGGCAGGGAGAGGCGUUGGAGGAAGAGGAGGAGGUGGAGGACGACGCCGCCGGGGGCCACAGCGACUCCACGGAGACGGCCUCCGACUGUGAGAACGAGACCCACGAGGAGGACCAGCCGCUGGACUGGCCCCGCCCCCUCCCUGGCCAGAGGAACGGCCUGCCUGUCAUCCGCGGGCCCCCCCCCCCCCCCCCCCCCCCUCCUCCUCACCAACACGCCGUCAUCCAGGCCCGCCACGGCCCCACCGUCAUCCAGCCCUGCUACCCCAACGGCCUGGCCCCCCACCCCCCGUCCGGCCGCUCCCAGGACCCGCAGCCGCCCCCCCCCCCGAGCCCAAGCACAAGCCCCCCCCCGCGGCCACGGGGCCGAGCCCGCGGCCCCCCAGGGCUCCCCGGACGAGGACGGCAGAGCGGCCGCCAAGCCCGCCCCCGCCCCCCACGGCGCGGCCACAAACACUUCCCCGGCGGGCCCCCGGAGGGCGGCGGCGGCGGGGGGGCUGGGCGGCCGGCCCGUGUCCAGCGUGGAGGCCAACAACCCCCUGGUGACGCAGCUGCUCCAGGGCGGCCUGCCGCUGGAGAGGCUGCUGCCCCCGUCCCAGGGCGCCACCCGGCUGGAGAUCAGCCGCAUGCCAGGCGCCGCCGCCGCCCCCCCGCCGCCGCCGCCGCCGCCCUCCAGGGCUCCGUCGGGGGCCCGGACGUCAGGCCCGGCCCGGGGCCAACCCCCCGCGGAGCCCCUGAGCCCGUCGCAGAGCCUGGGCUCCUGCGGGAAGGAGCAGUACCCGUCUCCUCCUCUAGGGGCCGUGCCCGUCAUCACCUCCUCCUCCUCGCGCUCCUCCCUCGACCACGCCCCCCAGAACUCGGCGGCGGCCGAGUCGGCCGUGAUCCGGGAGCCCCCCAGGCACAGGGCCACGCCCGAACGGCCCCACCCCCCCCUCGUCAACAACCACGCCGCCCCCAACGGGCCCCUGUCCCCGCCGGCCGACCAGCCCCGCCCCCCCUCGCCCUCCCUCAAGAUGAGCUGGGGCCCGCCCCCGCCGCAGCCCUACCACGCCCCCGGGCCGACGCAGCUCUCCCCGGCCUCCGGCGUCAAGAGCGAGGCCGGGGCGCGGCCCUCCUGCCAGCAGCAGGCCCUCCCCAAGCCCCCCGGCCCCCCCCCCGCCCGGCCCGGGCCUGAAGAAGGAGCCGGGCUGCCACGGCGA